AUGACGGUUGUUGCUGUGAUUGUGACCCCGCCCCCGCCAAAGUACUCAGCAAGCUGGCAGAGCUGGCAGCAAGCACCGAGUAUGGAGAUGGAUGAAGAGGAGCAAAGCAAAAGUAGUGUCGACGUCGACGCCGAUGAUGACAGCUUGGAUCAGGAUCACAGCUUCACGCUUCACAUGGCAGGAGACAGGAGAAGAUGGCGGCGUCAGAGAAUCAGCUGCAGUGUUCAGUGCGCUAAGGUGCACAAGGAGGAGCACAAAAACGAACCUGAGCCAAGUCCGCCCACUCCGGCCCCCAAGAGCAACAAGUGCCUGAAGAUGUCCGAUGAUGACUGCGGCACCGCUUCUGUCAAGACUGCUGAGCAUACCUCGCCCUUGGAGGUCAUUGCCCAAAAGCAUGGUGAUGAGAUCUCCAAUUUUGUGGCCAAGCACCCUGGGCUGGAGGAGGUCCUCCAGGACAUCCUGAUGGCGACCAUGCCACCCGGCGAGCGUGGCCUCCAGUCCCUGCAGUCGCGGCUAAGCAGUGUUGGCACAUGGGGCUACAAGAAUAGGAAUACGGCGCAUACAGCAGCGCAAUGGAAGGGUGUCCGGGCCUUCGGGAGGGGCACUCGAGGGGGAUGGACGGCGUCCAGUCCACAGCGAGCGGCGAUUCGCCAUGCCCAGCGACGCUGCUACUGCUGCAACGGCCCAAUGACGGCAACACCUGGACAGCCUGUUGCUGGCACCAUUUUGAUUGGCUGGAUUGCUGAUGACUACCACCUGGCUGCGCUGGGUUUGCUGGCUGGGCGUGCUGCCGCGGGCGCUUAA